ACCGGCCCUUCCCACUCCCAUCCACCAAAAGGGCCCCCCUCAUCAUCACUGUUUGUUGUUCCUCCACUCACUCCAUCAUACACAGUGCUGUCGCAUUGCUGCAUUUCUGCAUCUAUCGCCACUAAACAUCGCACCAAUAUUUUGUCGCGUAGUCAUCUAUCACGUUUGUGCUCAUCACACAAUCAUGUCAGGGCUACCCUACCUCCAGAAACUGCGCAAAAGCGAUCUCACCGAGUUCGCCGAGACCAGCAAGUUGACAGAUUAUGCUUCUCUGAAGAAAGCCGAACUCGAAGUCGCGCUCGAUGAGCAUCUGCGCACCAACUCGACCACCUACGCCAAGGUACCUUCUUUGAGCGAAUACUACAAGCGCCUGAGCAGCACUUCGCGAUCACCCAUCAAGCGCCUCGCGGAAAAGGUCUCGGAGACGCUCAAGUCGGACGAAGAGAGCACCGCGCCCGUCAAAAAGUCCCGGCGCAAGACAACUGCACCCGCAGAAGACACAACCGACAAUGAAUCACCAGUGACUACUCUCAUCAAGCAACCAGCAAAGGAGAUUGCGCGUCGUUCGUCUAUCUUGAGGUCCCAGAUGCCCAUCCCACCAUCACCAGCUGUGGUCACGGAUGCUAUUGAGCAACAAACGCGUCGCAUUCGCACUUCCGUCUCCCACGCUUACGAUGAGACCCAUAUUCACGAAUUCUCUGACGCCGCACGCGAUUACCUCUCAUCGCCCUUGACUGUCACGAUCCUGGCCACCUUACUCGAGGUUUAUGGUCUUCGCGCACAGGUCUUGCCCAACAAACUGUUGACAGAGGUGCCUGCGAUUCCCUACAUCAAGUCGACAAAGACAGCCAUCAGUGUGCCCGACUUGUUCUUGCUCUUGGACACCAAGUUCUGGGCUCCUUUCUCUCUAUGGACCUUGACGUCUCUGAUCCUCCCGGCGAUAAUCUCGUACUUUAUCAACCUGCCACUCAAAGCUCAUCCAAGUCACUCUUACUCGACACGCCGAGCCGCCGUUCAACACAAUGCGCAAAUGCAGUUUGACCCAUUCAUCUUCAAUCUCGCCAAGGGUCUGAUCGCCUACCUGGUCUAUGCACAGCACUUCAACCUGGCUGGUAGCUACCAGCAUUUCACGAUCGCCACAGUGAAUGAAAGCAUACUUGGUGGAGUCUCUGCAAUCCUCAUCAGCUCCGGUAUUGGUGCUGCUGUGAGCUUGUACGAAGCCGUGUUGAAGAAGUAAACGUUGGUGGUGGACGAAUAUAGGAGUAGGAGUAGCUUGGUCGCGAUGCUGUUUGCGUUUUACGUCGAUCAAUGUACAGAGCUUGCCGUUGGAAAAACUGGAUUUGGACGAGUUAUGAGUCUCCUGAGGCGACAUGACACGGGCGUUUUGGGUGUCGCGUUCUGGCACAUUGUCAGGUGCUAGUUGGUUUCUUGCUGCUUAUACCCAUGGCGCUAUCCUUAGCGAGUGUGUGUCUGGUGCAUACAUAAGGGAGAACUACAUCUACAGUCGUUGUUAUGCUUAAGAUCACGCCUGAAUUGAUGGCGAUUCAGUCUCGUUGCUCGAAUAUAAAUGCACAGCUUCAUGAUGCCAAUUCACCAUAAGCUGCUUUACAGGUUCCAUUUUUAUGUCAA